UUUCCAAGAAAAAUGGCUUCUAUGCAGAAUGGCAGUAAAGCCGGUGGCGGUGGCCUGUCCAUCGAACAAAUGUAUCAGAAAAAAUCUCAAUUGGAACAUAUCCUCCUAAGACCCGAUACCUAUAUUGGUUCUGUAGAACAUACCAAGGAAUUAAUGUGGGUCUAUAAUGAAGAACGCAAUCGUAUGGUACAACGUGAAAUAUCUUUUGUACCCGGUCUCUAUAAGAUUUUCGAUGAAAUCCUAGUAAAUGCUGCCGAUAAUAAACAGCGUGAUAAAAGUAUGAACACCAUUAAAAUUGACAUAGAACCGGAAAAGAAUAUGAUAUCGGUAUGGAAUAAUGGUCAAGGUAUACCCGUUACAAUGCACAAAGAAGAAAAGAUGUAUGUGCCAACUAUGAUUUUUGGUCAUCUCUUAACAUCGUCCAAUUACAAUGAUGAUGAGAAAAAGGUUACCGGUGGUCGUAAUGGUUAUGGUGCCAAAUUGUGUAAUAUCUUCUCCACUUCUUUUACCGUUGAGACAGCCACUAAACAGUAUAAAAAGCAUUUCAAACAAACCUGGGCUGCUAAUAUGACUAAAACAACAGAUCCUAAGAUUAAAGAGUUUGCCGGCACUGAUUAUACCAAAAUUACUUUUAGUCCUGAUUUGGCUAAAUUUAAAAUGGAACGUUUAGAUGAGGAUAUAGUGGCUUUAAUGUGUCGUCGUGCUUUUGAUGUGGCCGCCACCAGUAAGGGUGUGGCUGUAUAUUUAAAUGGCAAAAAGUUGGCCGUUAAGAAUUUCAAGGACUAUAUAGAUUUAUAUAUCAAACAGGAUGAGAAUGAGGGAGGUCAACCCAUUAAGAUUGUCUAUGAACAAUGUGGUGAACGUUGGGAAAUAGCCUGCUGUCCUUCGGAUAGAGGUUUUCAACAGGUGUCAUUUGUUAAUUCCAUUGCCACCACUAAGGGUGGUCGUCAUGUUGAUCAUGUGGUCGAUAAUAUCAUUAAACAACUGCUGGAAGUUUUAAAAAAGAAAAAUAAAGGUGGCAUUAGCAUUAAACCUUUCCAGGUGCGCAAUCAUUUGUGGGUAUUUGUCAAUUGUUUAAUUGAAAAUCCUACCUUUGACUCGCAAACCAAAGAAAACAUGACUCUACAGGCGAAAAGUUUUGGCUCCAAGGCUGCCAUAACUGAAAAAUUCAUUAGUGCCGUGUCCAAAUCUGGCAUAGUGGAAUCUGUCUUAUCUUGGGCCAAAUUCAAAGCUGAAAAUGAUAUUGCCAAAACCGGUGGCAAAAAAUCUACCAAAAUCAAGGGUAUACCCAAACUGGAAGAUGCUAACGAAGCCGGUACCAAAAACUCUUACAUGUGUACUUUGAUUUUAACCGAGGGUGACUCAGCUAAAUCUUUAGCUGUUUCGGGUCUUGGUGUCAUAGGACGCAAUUUCUAUGGUGUCUUUCCGUUGCGUGGUAAAUUGUUAAAUGUUCGUGAAGCCACAUUUAAACAAUUGGCUGAAAAUGCUGAAAUCAAUAAUCUAUGUAAGAUCAUAGGUCUUCAGUAUAAAAAGAAAUAUCUUACAAUGGAUGAUAUUAAAACUUUGCGUUAUGGCAAAGUUAUGAUAAUGACAGAUCAGGAUCAGGAUGGUUCUCAUAUCAAAGGUCUACUUAUUAAUUUUAUACACACCAAUUGGCCGGAAUUGUUGCGUUUACCUUUCCUAGAGGAAUUUAUUACACCCAUUGUUAAGGCUACUAAGAAAAAUGAAGAAUUGUCUUUCUAUUCACUGCCCGAGUUUGAGGAAUGGAAGAAUGAUACACCUAACCAUCAGACCUAUAAUAUCAAAUACUACAAAGGUUUGGGUACCUCGACCUCUAAGGAGGCGAAAGAAUACUUCCAGGACAUGGAUAGACAUCGUAUCUUAUUCAAAUAUGAUGGCAACAAAGAUGAUGACAGCAUUGUUAUGGCUUUCUCACGCAAACACAUUGAGUCACGUAAAGAAUGGUUGACUUCUCAUAUGGAUGAAGUAAAAAGACGUAAAACUUUGGGCUUACCCGAACGCUAUCUCUACACCAAGGGCACUAAGGCUGUUACCUAUGCUGACUUUAUUAAUUUGGAAUUGGUGUUAUUCUCUAAUGCUGAUAAUGUACGUUCUAUACCAUGUCUAGUUGAUGGUUUUAAGCCAGGUCAACGUAAGGUUAUGUUCACCUGCUUUAAGCGUAAUGAUAAGAGAGAAGUUAAAGUGGCUCAACUGUCUGGUUCGGUGGCUGAAAUGUCCGCUUACCAUCACGGUGAGGUUUCACUACAAAUGACCAUUGUUAAUUUGGCCCAAAACUAUGUGGGCUCGAAUAAUAUUAAUCUCCUAGAGCCUAGAGGUCAAUUCGGUACACGUUUAACGGGCGGCAAAGAUUGUGCCAGCGCUCGUUAUAUUUUCACUAUAAUGUCACCUCUGGCACGUCUUAUUUUUCAUCCCCAUGAUGAUCCUUUGCUGCAGUAUGAGGUUGAUGAUGGUCAAAGGAUUGAACCACAAUGGUAUAUGCCGGUUAUACCCAUGGUUUUGGUUAAUGGUGCCGAUGGUAUUGGCACCGGUUGGUCUACCAAAAUCUACAAUCACAAUCCUCGUGAUAUUAUGCAGAAUCUUAGACGAAUGAUAGCUAAAGAAGAACCCCAACCCAUGCAUCCCUGGUAUAAGAAUUUCCGUGGUCCCAUUGAGUAUAUAUCCGAUGGUCGUUAUAUAAGUUCGGGUAAUAUACAAAUUAUACAGGGUAAUAAAAUAGAAAUUUCUGAAUUGCCCAUUGGCACCUGGACACAAAAUUAUAAGGAAAAUGUUCUUGAACCUCUGUCAACGGGAUCGGAAAAAGUUAAGGCUAUUAUCUCGGAUUAUCGUGAAUAUCAUACCGAUACAACGGUACGUUUUGUUAUUACUUUGGCUCCUGGAGAAUUUGAGCGUUUGCAACAAGAGGAAGGUGGUUUCCAUCGUGUCUUCAAAUUGACUUCGUCUUUGUCCACCAAUCAAAUGCAUUGCUUCGAUGAAUUGAAUUGUUUAAGACGUUAUCCCACAUCCUUGGAUAUUUUAAGAGCUUUCUAUCCGCUACGUUUGGAAUAUUACAAUAAACGUAAAGAAUAUUUGGUGGGUCAGUUGACGGCUCAAGCCGAUCGUCUUACCGAUCAGGCACGUUUCAUUUUGGAGAAAUGUGAACGUACUCUGGUGGUUGAGAACAAAAAACGUAAAGCCAUGAUAGAUGAGCUCAUCAAGCGUGGCUAUCGUCCCGAUCCCGUUAAAGAAUGGCAACAACGUAUUAACCAACAAGACGAAGAGGAGGUAGAUGAUGAAGAAGAGGAGGAAGAGGAGUCGGCCUCCACCUCCAUUAAAAAGGAGAAAAAAUUACCAGCUGAUCCCGAAAAAGCAUUCCAAAAACUCACCGAUGUUAAAAAAUUCGAUUACCUGUUGGGCAUGUCCAUGUGGAUGUUGACGGAGGAACGUAAAAACGAAUUGUUAAAACAAAGAGAUCAGAAAUUGGCUGAAUUGGCCGCCCUAAAGGCUAAAACCAUUGAAAUGUUGUGGUUGGAUGAUUUAGAUGAAUUGGAAAAGAAACUUAAUGAAGUGGAGGAGAAAGAACGUCUCGAUGAGUUGGGUAUAAAUAAGAAACAAGCCAAGGCUUUGGCCAAGAACAAAGCCACCGCCAAUGCUGCCCUCAAGAAACGUGGCAAUAAAGAUGGCAAUGCUGAUGUAUUCCCUGAUCCUCAAGGUGUUAAAGUAGAAUUCAAGGUAACCGAGGAGAUAAUGAAAAAGGUAUCAGCCGCUGUGGCAGCCACCACCAAGGUUAAAAAGGAAAAGGUGGAUAAGAAGGCCAGUAAAGAAGGUGCAGCAGCGGAUGUGGAUGAUUUUGAUGCUUUAGUAGAGGGUGGAGCUAAAGGACCCAAAUCCUCACCCAAAGCGGUCAAGGUUAAAAAAGAACCUGGUACUAAGAGAGCCCCUAAAAAGAAGGAGGCCGAGGAUGGUCUUAAACAAACUAAAUUGGGUUUCAAGCCUAAAGGACGCAAAAAGAAAGCUGGCAGUUCUGAUGAAGAUGAGGAUAUUCUAUCCGGCAGUGAUGUUGAUAUGUCAGUCAAUGUGGCACCACGUGCCGAUCGUCCUGGACGUCGUCAGGCUACUAAAAAGAUCAAUUAUUCCGGUCUUUUAGAUUCGGAAGAGGAAAAGAGUAGUGAUGGUGAAUUAGUAUUCAAAGAUAAUGAAGCGGUUAAAGCACCCACCCAUAAGACCCAGAGAAUAUCGGAUGAAGAAGAUUCCGAAGAUGCUGUUGUUCAACAAAGUGAAGAAGAAUCACCACCAGCUCCUAAAAAGAAAGCGGUUACCAAGAGACCGCGUAAAAAUAAAUCAUCAAGUGAUAGUGAGGAAGACAAAAAGAAAAAGAAGAAGCGUAUAAUCGAUAGCGAAGAUGAUGAUGACUCUGAUUUUGAGGCUUAAAAAAUUAACACUUUUUUUAAUUUUAAUAAAUAAACAUAUAAAAUAAUUUUACAAAAUAAGAGAAAAUUACAAAAAUAUCUUCUACUUUUAAAGCAUACCCACGUCUCUUUAAGUCUGUCCCGCUCAUACAUCCCACCCUUAUACUCCUCUUAUAAUCCAUGGCCUAUUAUUAAGAAAAUCUUUGAUUUUCUUUUCAUAUAUAUGUGUUUUAAAUUUGUUUUAAAUGUGAACGUAUUAUCUAAUACUUACUCUUUUUAAUUAUAUUUCUAAUUUAAAUUAAAUGAAAAAGAAAUAUGCUUAAUUUUUCAA